GUGUGUGUGUGUGUGUGUUCUUGAUCCAUUUAUCCAUCAAAAGCACCUAGAUUGUGUCCAUGCCUUGGCUAUUGUAAGUAAUGCUGCUGUGGACAUGGGGUGCAGGUAUGUCUUUGACAUAGUGAUUUCGUUUCCUUCAGGUACGUUCUCCGGAGUAGAAGGUCUGCAGCAUAUGGUAGUUCUGUUUUUGAUUUUUUGAGGAAUCUCCAUACUGUUUUCCAUACUGGCUGUGCCAAUUUACAAUACUGCCAACAAUGCAAGACAUCUUUUUUAAGAUUUACUUAUUUAUUUGAGAGAGAGUGCACUGGGGUGGGGGGCAGAGGGAGAGGGAGACUUAAGCAGACUCGCCGCUGAGCAUGGAGCCCGAUGCAGGGCUCGAUCUCACGACCCCGACAUCAGAACCUGAGCGGAAACCAAAAGUCAGCCGGUUGGUAUUCAACUGAGUGCACCACCCAGGCAGCCCCUGAUUUCUUUAUGCUCCACAUCCCAGCCAGCGUUUUUAUCUCUUGUCUUUUUGUUGCUAGCCGUUCUGGAAGGUGUGAGGUGAGACCUCAUUGUGGUUUUGAUUUGCAUUUCUCUGACGAUUAGUGGUUUGGAGCAGCUCUUCAUGUCCCUGUUGGCCAUUUGUAGGUCUCCUUUAGAAAAACAUGUAUUCACAUCCUUUACCCGUUUUUAAAUUGGAUUAUUAGCCUAUUUGUUACGGAGUUAUGUGAGUUCUUUCUGUAUUGUGGAUAUUAACUAAUGCCUUGACAGAUAUAUGGAUUUCAAGUGUUUUCUUCCCAUCCUGUAAGAUAUCUUUUUACCUUGCUGGUGGCUUCUUUGGUGUGUAGCCUUUUACUUAUAUGUAACCCCGCUUGUUUCUUUUUUACUUUGUUGUCUGUGCUUUGGGUAUCAUAUCCAGAAUUCACGGCCAGGACCCAUGUCAAAGGGCUUUUUUGUUGAAUAGUAUUCUUCUAGGAGUUUCAUAGUUUCCGUCUUACGUUUAUGUCUUUAAUCUAUUUCAUGUAAAUUUUUUCUGUGUGUAAGUCAGGAAUCCAGCCUUCUUCUUUGACAUGUAAAGAUUCCAUUCUCCCAGCACCAUUUAUUGAAGAGACUGUCUUUUCUCCGUUGAGUAUUCUUGACUCCUGUGUCAAAUAUUAGCUGACCGUAUAUGCGUGGGGUUAUUUCUGGUUUCUCCAUUCUGUUCCGUUGGUCUGUAUGUCAGUUUUUAUGCCAGUACCACACUGUUGUGAUUUUCUGGCUUUGCCAUAUGGCUAGAAAGCAGGAAGUAGGAUGUAUCUUGCUUUGUUCUUCUCUCAAUUUUUCUUCUUUUCCUUCAUCAGUCCUGUGAGAGGUUUAUCAAUUUUCUUGAUCAUUUCAAAGAAGCAGCUUUUGAUUUGAGUUCCUUUAAUGUGUCUUGUUAAAAAUUUCAUUGAUUUCCGUUCUUAGGCUUCGGUAAAUUCUUAUUUAUUCUUACAGGGGAUUUUUGAAAUGAUUUCCAUCGGCUUGAAUAUCCUUUUUAACUAGAUGAAAGCCGGUGAGAAUUGAAAAGAAUGUGUCCCUCCCCAUGGUGGAAAUGGUUAGAUUGUAGCAAACGUCUGCUUUUUGAAAGUACACGAACACCUAGGAGGAGAGCACAUGCUAGUCACACGUGGAUUGUUCUUGAAAUGAUGUUCGAGAACGGUUAUAACAUGUCAGCAGGGACUUAACGUGGUUGACUGCAGGGCAACAUUUUGCAUGACGGGUCAUGUGGACGCGAUAAUGGAUCUCCCUUCUGAGACCCUGAUUAUAUGCCAUCAGUAUUCUGAGCCCUUGGAAAUGGUUGAUCCCAUUUAAAGUGCGGAACAGUCCCAGUGACUAGGGCUCGUUAUGGUCCCCAUUUCACAGAUAGGAGACGGAGGCACGGGAGGGUUACAUCAGAGGAAUGAUAAUGGGUUUUCUUUCUUCUUCUGUCACCAUGUGUUGCAGUCUGGGUUCUUCUGGCCGUGCCCGUCCCUCGCUACCUUCCAGCCCUUUGAGAACCUUCAUCUUCCCCUUCCUGUCUAGACCCAAGGGCCAGGUGGAGCUGUGAGCACCGACUACACCUCCAUGGAUCCACUGCAGAAAUGCAACUCAACGUCGAUUCCCGAAUCUUCCCCAAUGAUCUCCGAAGAGACUUCCCGGGAAGUCACAGCAGCCUCCCCUCCUUCCUUCUCAGAACUGCUAAUGAUGGGCCUCGGUGACCUCAAAACCAGUCCGGGUGCCAAAUACCCUGCCCCUCUGCCAGAGGGGCUGCUCCAGCAGCGGUACAGGGAUGAGAAAACCCUCCAAGAGAGGCGGUGGGAAAGGUCGGCGUCCCCUCAGAGGAAGAGAACACUUCUGGGGCACGCGAGACGGCGACACCUCGAUCACGUGGCGCCUUAUCGCGUCGAAAGGAAGGCCAGGAUCUCUUCCUCGGCAGGGGAUAGAGAUCAGAACAGAUUCCGAUGUGAAUGUCGAUACUGCCAGAGCCAUAGGCCCAAUGUCCCUGGGAUGCCUGCAGAGAGGAAAGGGGCCCCUCAUCCUUCCUCCUGGGACACGCUGGUGCAGGGCCUCAGUGGCUUGACCCUCAGCCUGGGGACCAACCGGCCCGGCCUUCUGCCCGAAGGGGUGCUCCAACAGCAGGAGAGAGAGGAGAAGCUCCAACUGGAGAUGCAGCAGGAAAGCAAAAGAAUGUUUCAGAGGCUCCUGAAACAGUGGUUGAAAGAAAACUGAAGCUCUCGCCCUCACGUGACAGAGAUCGGAACGGAUUCAGACGUGGAGGCUGGCGUGGCCAGAUCCUGAGCGUGGAUUCCUUUUGGGACCAAACAGUAAGCAAUCAGAGAAGUCAGAGAAGGAACAGGAGCAGCGUGAGGGCUGAACAUUCUGUCUGUGUGAGCAUGGAUCCAAUCCCACGAAGGUCCUCCUCUUUCCCGCCUGGAAUUUCUGGAUCACCGUGGGGCUUUCUAUGGGACACUGCAUACCAGAGGUCCUUAACUUCUAUAUUACGGCUCCCAUGAUGCAUGCUGUCACUUUCCCACCCCGGAUCUCUCUCUCUCCUCCCUGCCUUGUUGUCAAUAAGAUAUAGGGUUUCUCUGUAGCAUGAAUGCCCUGGUGAUGGCCCGUGUGCUUUUGUGCCGUGUCACUGACUGCCUCCCAGAAGCAGCACUAGGUCUGCUGGGAUGCCCGUGCGCUCAACUGAGCUCCACUUCCACGAAUCUGACGCUAAACCGAAUGUGGAGAGGGACGUGGAACUGGAAUUGGUGGUUCACCAUUGUGCUAUCUGUGUAAGCCAUUAUGAACAUGCUGAGCUAAACGUAGGCCAACGUUUCCCUGCUUCGUGACAGUGAUAGUAUUCCCCUUGGCGGAAUUUCUGAUGGGUUACCUCAUCAUGCAUACCAAAUAAAUAUACGUGUGAAAGGAAAA